AUGAAGCAAGAUACUGUCCCCAAGUACGAGAGUUUCGUCAACCCCAGCGACUUGCUCAAAUGGGUCGAAGAACAACCGGCCGAGUCAUGGUCAUCAACUGCGCAAGAUGUGUUUGACCAUCUUCUAUCCCUGGCGGCCCAGCCAAAGGGUGUCUCGGGCAAUUCGUGCGUGAAAUUGUGCGGGUUUGUCGAGCAAAGCUCCAAGUCCAGCAAGCCAGCCAUACAAGAAUGGGCCUUCUCUAAAGAGCCCAGUCUGGGCCUGUUUAACUUCUUCAUCAAAUGGAACGAGACAGAGCAGCACCGGUCUAUGAAGUUGGUUCUGGACCUGCUGCCGUCGCUUAUGCGGCGCAACCCCGACCAGGCCGUUGCUGAGAUGGUCAAGACGACCAUCCUUGACACGCUUAUCUCCAUCAUUGGACCACAGUCUUCCAAGCCUUUAGUGAAGUCGUCACUGAAGGCUAUGGACUCCUUAACUUCCAAGGCUUUUACUGUUGAGGACAUUGCCGAAAGUUACAAACGAACGCAGCCUUCAUGUAGCUGGGAUUCAGAAAUUGCGCUCUGGCAAGAUUUCUUUAGACAAAUGCUUGCUUGGAUGACUAUGCAUUAUGUCUGCCCAAUUACAGGCAAGUUUAUCGUGACUAUCUUCCGUGCUUUGCGACAAAGGUCCCUGAAUAACCCUUCAGCUGCGGACAUUGAGCAGUUCACUGUCAAGGCCUGGCUCCGCUGUGUGCAAUCUGCUAUCAAUGAGGCGCCGUCUUUGCUUGAAGGCGUCAAGACAUAUAUUUUUCUCCCCCUUUUCAAGGAUGACCGCAAGGACGCGGUCCAGAUUCUGCAGCAGAUCAACAGCUCUUGGUCUGCCUCCGAAUCUGGUGUUGAGUUGGAUACGUUGGCGCAGCUCAACCUUGCUGUGUUGGAGGUGGGAAAGAAGGUCGGCAUGGUUGAAGAACCUGGUGCUAUCAUUCAGGAUCCCUCAUCAGUAGUGCUGGAGGAGGCUGUGCUGCAACAAGUACUCUCUCACCCUUCACACGACCUUCGGUCCCUCGCCUUGUCACUCAUUAUCGCAUCUCCGUCAACGACGAGACCCUAUUCACCGGCGGCUCUUCGUCUCUUGCAGUCCCAUCUGCCAGCGUACUUCUCAGAAUCAGAUGCGAAGUUCCGCAUGGAAGUGCUCAGUAAACUGAAGGAUAUGUUCAAGAGGAACCGUGGUGCCAUCUUCAUCUUGCAAAAGAGCUUGGCUCGGCUCAACGCUGCGAAGGCACUACUGGCGCCUGCUGAGGGGAAGCCUAAGCCCGCCCCUAAACCUGCGAAGCAGGCAAACCAUCGGACCAACAUUCUGUUCUGGCCGGAAGACAAGCUACGUGAAAGCUUGAGGCAUCACGAGGAUUUCUUGACAUGGUACCUUCGCUUCUUGCGAUCGGAAUUGAUUCCCACUGCUUCAUUCCAGCGACACUUUACGUCAUUAAAGGCAGUCACUUACAUCCUGAAGCUCGAGUUCGACCCUGCCAAGACAUGGGAGACCGAAGAGGACGACGCUCUGUUCUUCAGCCACUUUGACGGAAGGUGGACUCGAACCCUCCUGGAUCUCAUCAUGGAUCCCUUUGAUGAUGUGCGAGAUGCCAGUACUUCCGUGUUGAAGAGCUUGUUCUCAGACAAGCGCUUCAAAUGCCUCGUGGGAACAAGGGGAGUAUCAUCUACUCUGGAGGAGUUAUUAACGAGGGCCGAAGAUGUCGCAGGAAGGACUGCCCGUGCUGACCAUGCAGAUGGUGUGGCUAGGACAAACGAGCUUCUAUUCAGAUUCUACGACGGCAGAGAUGCGCAAAUCGCACACAUUGCGAAAUUAGUGGAUGUGCUCGAGAGCAAACUCUCACUUGCCGAAGCUGAUCUGGGAAAUGCCGUUCUGGAGGCGCCUGUCCACGGCUACUUCGCCUCUCUUCGCUACAUCUGGCAAGCCACUACUGAGAUGAAGUUUUCCGAGGCUGAAGUUGAGGCGAUGACAAAUCUCCAGAACCGGAUUGUGAAAUGCUGUCAACGCAUUUGGGCCGCCGUUAGGGACAUCCUCUGUGACGACUCUCCGGAAGGCCACUUGCCUCAGGAGCUGGAAGAUUUCGAGGGACUCGACACGAAGGACCUUCUGAGUUACAGUUUCCGCGCCAUUCACGAGUCCAGCAAUCUCAUGCGCGUCAUGGUUCUGCCGCUCAAAUCCAAGCCUGUGCAGGGAAUCCUGCGUCCUUCGACUGAGCUCUUCACCGCUGUCGGAUCUCUUACCUUUGACCAGCUCUCCAACCUGAGACACCGUGGUGCUUUCAACACCGUGUCUCUCUCAUUUGCUACUUGUUGUCAACUGGUCAAACGUCUCGACGACCCCAAGGCUGGCCAGGAGGGCGAUAAAACACUUCUCGAUGUCUGGUACCAGGGCACUAAGGAGUGCAUCUUUGCUCAGGCAUCCACAACCCGUAGAUCUGCCGGUAUCCCAGCAAUGAUCACAGGUAUCUUGUCCGCGGACGCAGCAAAGCCUUCCUUCGAUCAUGUCAUCGAUGAGCUUGUCACAAUUGCCCGCAAGGAAGCCCGCGUCUCGGAAACAGACGGCUCCAAGCUCCCUCAAGUCCACGCCCUCAACUGCCUCAAGGACACGUUCAAAAGCUCUUUGAUCACUCAACUCGGUAAAUCUGCUCCGCAUAUCCCGCAGUGUCUAGAACUGGCAGCCGGCAGCCUCAAGUCCGAGGUGUGGGCCAUUCGAAACUGCGGUCUCCUCUUCCUGCGCAGUCUCCUGGAUAACCUCUUCGGCACGAACGAGAGCAAGGCCACUCUCGAGGCAGGCUGGGAUGGGAGAACGACGCGCCUCCAGUACCACAAGUACCCCAUUCUCCCGAACGUUUUGCUCAACCUCCUCCGUUCCGGCCGCGAGGUCAUGAAACCCAGCACAAGCACGAUUGCGGCCGAGUCCGUUUUCCCAGCACUGGACAUCAUCCGCCGCGCCGGUCCUCCGAAAGCCUCGCGCGAUGAACUCUACGAACUCGUCACGGGCUAUCUCGGAAGCCCUGUCUGGCACGUCCGGGAAAUGGCUGCGCGAGCUCUGUGCUCGUUUCUGCUCCGCGACGAAGACUGGCCUAGCGCCGCAGAGAAGAUCAUCCAGGACGCCCUGUCGUCCGACUCUUCAAACCGCAACAACCGCCUCCACGGCAGCCUCCUCACAGUCAAGGCCGUCUUUGAGAGACUCUCGGACGUUUCCCCCCAGAAAUUCUCGCUGGCCCUCCCUCGCCUCGCCUCCAUCCUCCAGAGCCUCGAGGCCAACGCCGUGUCAUCCUUCAAGGACUGCCCCGACAUCCGCGCAGCCUACCUCGAAGUUCAGAACCUCAUCUCCCUCUUCAACCUCACCAGCCCCCAAUCCACACCCGCCUCUAUCGCUCAACCGCCGCAAAGUGCCCUCCUCCGCACCCAGCUGGCAAUAAGCGCGGUACACAUCAACCCCGCCGCUUCCUCUCUCCGCGAGACACUACUCUCCACGAGCGGGACAAGUGUCGAGGCAACAAUCACAACCCUCGAGACCCUCGCCUCGAUCCGACACCCCCGUCUCUCCCCCGAGGAAGCUGCGUCCUACUCCCACCUGUACACCGACCUAGCCCUCUCGACAUCGCACCCAGACUCCCGUGCCGCCGCCCUGAACAACCUCGCAGAGACGCUCGACCUCGUCCUCUCGUCGAACCGUGCCGACCUUCUCCCAACCUCCGAGAGCCUCGUCUCUCUCUGGCAAGACGCGUCCUCAAAGGCGAUGAACCCCAACCUCUCCAACGCCGUAAUCCGCGUCAGCGGCCCACUGAUGGCAGCCCUCGUCUCCCGUGGCGCCGCCGAGGCCUCGGGUCUCCGGGGAUGGGGCAGAAUGAUGUCGUCAGCAGGCGAGGAUUCAAGCCCCUUCGACACACGCAUCGCAGCGGUAGCGUCGCUGGCGUCGUUCUUCUCCGUCGCAUCACAGAGAGACAACCCCGACGCCGACGCAUCGCUACUACCGGCCCUCGUCGCCCUCUACGACGCGCUGAACGACGACGACUACGAAGUCCGCGACCUGGCCGCCGUCUCGGCCAAGCACAUUUUCUCGCAGUCGUUGGCGUCCAUGGAUGCCGCAUCCCGCCUGCUGACCUACAUCUCGACAAAGUACCGCUCCGCGCCGGCGUUCCACGCCCUCCUGUUAUCCCGUCUUACGGGCCAAGCGCGAGCCGACGCCUGGACCGCUGCAGAGGCGCAACUGACCGAGUCCCUCCGCUUCGACGACUCCUUGUUCGCCGUCGAAGAACAAAACCUCUUCAUCGACGAAGUCCGCGAGUCGUACCGCUGGACCGCCGUAUUCGAACGGUCUACCGACGCGGACGGCGAGAAACUGGCACAGUGGACCUCGGACGGCCUCGACGCCCUCCUCAAGCUUGCGAGGGAGGUACACACCGACGACGGGCCGCUGGGAUGGACGUCGAAGCCGGAUGUCUACGCCGUCUGCGCACGCAUCGUGCUCUGCGCGACGGCGCUGGCCAAGACGAGCGCCGGGUCCGAGGUGACGAAGAAGUUGGCCGAGUUGAGGAGUGUUGGGGAGGGCGGUAGACUUCACGGGUUAUUGCAUGAGAUGGCUACGAUAUAG